GAGAUAAGAGUAGCAUAUAUCUAUCUCCGGGCGGGCCUCAUAAAUAUCUUAUAUACUAUCUAUCUAUCCCCUGUUUGUCUGUGUGCAUUCUCGUCGUCCCAGCUGCAGGGUUAUAUAUAUAUAUAUCUAUAUAUAUAUAUAUAUACUUAAUUCAUUUUAGGAUCGAGUGGAGAGACGAAUUGAAAUUAAGUCGACGAUCGAUGCUGCCCAGAAGCCGAACUCUGCCGCCAAGGAUCCACGACGCUGUCGUCGUCGUGGAGUCGGAGCGCGAUGUGAGGAGGUACCAGCAGGUGGAGAGGCAGGUGCAGGUGGGCGAGACGAAGAAGAUGGUGGUGAUGAGCGAGGAGGACGACGACGGGAGGGCGCCGAGGCGGACGGGGACGGUGUGGACGGCGGCGUCGCACAUCAUAACGGCGGUGAUCGGGUCGGGGGUGCUGUCGCUGGCGUGGGCGAUCGCGCAGCUGGGGUGGGUGGUUGGCCCCGCCGUCAUGCUCCUCUUCGCUCUUGUCAUCUACUUCACCUCCAACCUCCUCGCAGACUGCUACCGCACCGGCGACCCCGCCACCGGCAGGAGGAACUACACCUACAUGGACGCCGUCAAGGCCAACCUCGGCGGCGCCAAGGUGAAGGUGUGCGGAUGCAUUCAGUACCUCAACCUUUUGGGAGUGGCCAUCGGUUACACCAUCGCCGCCUCCAUUAGCAUGAUGGCGAUGGAGAGAUCCAACUGCUUCCACGCGAAAGGCGCGAAAGAUCCAUGCCACGCCUCCAGCAACGUCUACAUGAUCGUCUUCGGCAUCGUCCAGGUGUUCUUCUCCCAGAUCCCCGACUUCGACCAGGUCUGGUGGCUCUCCAUCCUCGCCGCCGUCAUGUCCUUCAGCUACUCCGCCGUCGGCCUCGGCCUCGGCGUCGCCCAGGUCGCGGAGAACCGAAGGUUGGGCGGCAGCGCCAUGGGCGUGGCCGUGGGGUUCGUCACCAAGUCGGGAGCUGUGGUGAGUCCAGCGCAGAAGGUGUGGCGCAACCUGCAGGCGCUGGGCGACAUCGCGUUCGCCUACUCCUACUCCAUCAUCCUGAUCGAGAUCCAGGACACGCUGCGGUCGCCGCCGGCGGAGGCGCAGACGAUGCGCAAGGCGACGGGCAUCAGCGUGGUGGUGACGAGCGUAUUCUACCUGCUGUGCGGGUGCAUGGGGUACGCGGCGUUCGGCGACGACGCGCCGGGCAACCUGCUGACGGGGUUCGGAUUCUACAACCCGUACUGGCUGCUCGACGUGGCGAACAUGGCGAUCGUGGUCCACCUGGUGGGGGCGUACCAGGUGUACUGCCAGCCGUUGUUCGCGUUCGUGGAGAGGAGGGCGGAGCGGCGGUGGCCGGAGGGACUGCCCGGCGGCGAGUACGAGGUGGCGGUGGGCGGGUGGGUGAGGUGGAAGGUGAGCGUGUUCAGGGUGGCGUGGCGGACGUGCUUCGUGGCGGUGACGACGGUGGUGGCGAUGCUGCUGCCUUUCUUCAACGACGUGGUGGGCAUCCUGGGCGCGCUCGGCUUCUGGCCGCUCACCGUCUACUUCCCGGUGGAGAUGUACAUCGCGCACCGCCGGAUCAGGAGGUGGAGCACCACGUGGGUGGGUCUCCAGGCGCUCAGCCUGGCCUGCCUGCUCGUCUCGGUGGCCGCCGCCAUCGGCUCCAUCGCCGGCGUCGUGCUGGACCUCAAGUCCUACCGCCCCUUCCGCUCCACCUACUGAUCCAUCGACAUGUAUUGUAUUUGUAGGAUCGAGCAAUACAUAUACUUCCUCCCGUGGCUGUGUACACUAGCACUAGUAUACGCAUCAAUAAAUAAAGGCCUGGCCCAUCUACGUACCCCGGUAAUGAAGCCAGCCGGCCCGAAUGCCGAAACAAACUAGGCCCAACUUGUUCAUCAACAUAUAUAUCUAGAUAGGACGUGGAUUUCACAUCUUAUGAUAUGUAUGUCUAUUAUAUCUCCAAAGGAGACGUCAUGUUCUUUCCGCUGGCUAGAAUUCAUGCUUUAAUCAGAGGCAAAGACAAAGAUUUAAACUGGCAGGUCUAGAUUAUAACGACAUGAACCAAUCGAUGCAAUUGUAUACAAA